AUGAAAUUGCAAAAACGGCUCGUUUUUGGCGUUGCCGUUCUCUGCGGCCUGGCAACGGCCCAGUUCGGCGGCAGCGAUGAUAUGGAUUACGCGUCCAUGUUCGCUGCUCCAAGCGCAGAUGUUCUUGCUCAGCUGAUCGCUCUUUCUGCCGCGAAUAAUUCCGGCUCAAAGAAAAAGAAGAAGAAGAGACAGCCCAAGACCCAAGCCGCUACGACAACUCCUGAGCCAACAACAACCACUGCUGCUCCAACAACAACUCAGGGUGACGGAUUUACCUGCCAGCGAAUCGACCACUGCGCCGUGGGUGACCACAAGUGUGAUGCCGACGCAACAUGUGUAAGCACUGUCGGCGGAUUUGAGCGCGGUCGAAAGCGAGGACCAGAUGAUCUCGGCUACCUUUGCCAGUGCAAUGAUGGAUUUGAAGGAAAUGGAUUUAAAUGCACUGCCAUCACCACUACAACUACUACUACCACUACCACGACAACCACGACAACAACAACAACUACCACGACCACGACCACAACAACAACGACAACUACCACAACCACCACCACAACGACCACGACAACAACGACAACAACAACUACUACUACUACUACUACAACUACUACUACUACUACUACCACUUCUACUACUACUACCACUACUACUACUACUACUACUACUACUACUACUACUACUACUACUACCACUACCACGACCACUACCACUACAACGACCACUACUACAACCACGACAACAACAACUGAAGCUGCUGUUGCCGAUUCUGCUGAGUUCCAGGACAGUUCCAAUGUCGAACUUGCCGCCGGUGCGAGCGAUGACGUUUCCGGAUCAGCUGGCAGCUCUGGACUUAACACAUUCGAAGGAAUGGACCUUUCACAAUUCGACAACUACUACAACUACGACUCCGCCGGUGUUGAUGCCACCGAGUCAAAGAGCGAGGCUGCUGACUUUGACUUUGGUGACUUCGAUUUCGCCGCUGUUGAGACCACCGCUGAACAGUUAUGA